UCAUCACCUGCUCCAUUCCUCUAGCUUCCACCUCUUGCAUGCCCCCACCUAAUACACUCGACUCGCCGCCGAAUCCUCACCUCGCCACUCAGUCUCAGGCUCUCACCGGCGCCAUGUACGGUCAGGUCCGGUGAAGUAGGCCGCCGGCCCCGGCCGCCAUAGACGGCAAGUUGAGCGCGGCCAGCGUAGAUAGCUGUAGCUGCCUCUAUCCGGAAACGAAAGGCUCUCUCAAGAACACAAGGCACAGGGGUAAAUGCAUCUUGCAUCAGGAGUUAAUUAGCUUCGACAAAUUAACCAGAUUGUUUUUCUUUGUUCGUUCGGUGGCUUGAUUUUGGUACGAGAUCAGGCUCUUGUAAUUGAUUUAGAGUUCUAGCUGCUGCUGCGUAGUGAAUCAAAUUGCUUCGCAUGGAAGGAAAGCAUCGAUCCACAACUUUGUGCAGCCGGUAGAGCGAAUUGCGUGGCGGUUGCUAGUCAAAUUUCCAGAAAUGAUAAGAAAUACUACUCGUAGCUAGUCAAACGUAUAUAGGAAUAGAUUACAAAUCCAUCCACAGAAAGCAUAUAUACUAUACUAGGAUUUCUUUUUUCUGCAUUUGCAAGACAGGACAGGAAUAAAAAAGCCUACACGCUGCGUUGUUGGAGGGAGUGGAGCGGUUGAAGACAGAAGCAGAGCAAGCGAUUAUAAAUUAAAUAUCCUCCCUUCUCGCCCCCCAAAUGCAUGUACUUCCCCGUGCCGUGCCACACAGUGAGCAAGCGAGCGCCAUUGCCAAGCGCAGACCAGAGAGUUGUAGGAUCAUUAGUUUGGGCGCCAUGGCCGUGAAAUCCUUGUCCGAACAACUAGCUCGUUCUUUCCGUGCAGCAGCAGGGAAGCUGCUGGCCUUGUCCUUGUCCGACCUCUCGGCCGGGUUGCCCUUCUCCUUGGAGGAGCCGGGAAGUGGCAGCGCUACGACUGUCACGUACUACUCCACCAUGGAACUGAACGGGUGGGAGGUGCAGAAGUUGGACCGCUUCUUGCAGGAAGGACAGGGAAUGGCGAGGGAGGUGAUGAGGGAGAAGCCGGACGACUUCGUCCGCGACGAGACAAGGAGGGAAUUUCUGGUGCUGAGGCUGUACGAUCAUCUGCUGCUGCGCUUGGACGCGACGCACGUCAGCCGCGCCGGCCGUGUGUGCGCUGAUCGUCUUUGGGACUCCUCGCCACCCUGUGUUUCUGAUCGAUGAUCAACAACGCCGCCGGCUUGUCAUGCGAGCAUCUUUUUGUGUGGAAGUAGUUGACAAGGAGAGGUAGCUUGUGCGCGCGUGUGUUUUCUUUUUCUUAAUCUUCGCAGCUAAUAUUCUUCUUAUGCUCUCUCUUGUGUAAUAAUCAUCUCAAGCUCCUAUAUGUGUUCUCCUUGAAAUCACAAUAUCAUUUCUAUUGCUUUAA